GUAGUACGUCUUCUGCUCGAGCGCGGCGCCCGCAUACAUGCAGACCGUUCCUCCGAUCACGACACCGCUCUCUUCGGGGCAUGUACAAACGGACACGUUGCCAUAGUGAAGCUGCUGAUCGAGCGUGGCGCCCUCGCUGAUGUGCCGGGGAGCAGACUCAGCACCGCUCUCUCGGCAGCACUUGCGAACGAUCACAUCGACGUAGCGAAGCUACUACUCGAGCACGGUGUUGAUGCUGAUGGUACCGAACUCAAUGUGGCAUCAGCGCGCGGUCGCAUUGACUUGGCAGAGCUACUGCUCAACAAUGGCGCCGACGUCAAUGCGUACGGCAACGGCUACGGU